UUGCCAAGUGAUGGAUCCUCCCUAACUGCCCUUAUCCCACCCUCUGACAUUGGUUUUAUAGCAGUGAAUUGAAACAUGCCUAAUAAAAGUCAAUUAAAUAUUCCAAGCACUUCCUCCCCCCAAAAAACCCCAAACAAAAACCAACAAAUGUCAACUCUGUCUUUCUUUUGAGGAGAAUGUGAACAUUAGGGAUCUCAGCAGAGAUUAACAGCUACGUUUCUGCAUUAUAAUAUGACAUAUUUUUGAUAGGCACUUUGUAAGAGAGAGGUAGAAUUCAUUAAUCCUUCCCCCUUACUGUGAAAGGAGAAAGUUGUAAAGUGAUUUGACCUUGGUUUGUCUCAGCUUCAACCUUUCUGUGCACAUUUCAAACAUGUUGACUUAUCACACCCUGUGGUGGUGAGCUUUUUUUAAAAUUUUCCUUAACCUGAACUAUAACUUUGAUGCUGGGUUUUACCCUGCAAUCACUGAGGACACUGAGCUCUCUUAAAAUUCCCUCCCUGUGGUGCAGGAGAUCCAUGGGGAAUUGAAAAUUGAGCAAAUGUGUGGCAGUCAAAUGGUCCUCUCUGAAGUCACGUUCUGCUGGGUUUUAACCAGUCAGGUCAGGGUGCCCAAUCCUGGCAGUAACAGCUCUGGCAACCUCCAUAGCAACUGGGAAACACUGGCAGCAAAAGGCUCCCUGUGUCCAACAGGAAAAAGGGUGGCAUUUCUGCAUUCAGACUAAAUCCAAAUGGUGUGUUGUUACCAAUAGCAGCAGGUCACAGCUGAGUUCUGCAGGCAGCAGCUUUUCCAAGUAUGGCUCGUUUGGAGGGGUCCCUGCCCAGGGGUCACAGAUAUUGCAGUGUGAGGCCAGCUUUGGACAAGUUUUCAUGUUCCACAGUCAUGUCCACAGUAAAUCCCUGCUGCAGGAGCUCUUUUGUUGUGUACCCUGCCUGGAUCGCUGAGCGCCUCACCCCCCAGAGGUGCCAAUGGAUCAGCCACUGCCUCCCCUCCCCUGGCCCAGCAUGGAAGAGCCUUGGGGAAUUAGGAGGGACAGACAGCAAUGUGCCUGUGCUGGCUAGAGGGGAACAAGAUGGAUUUUAUUACCCUGGUAGAGUAAAAGAGGAGAUAGAGAGUGAAAGAGGCAUGUUGCUGGUAGAGUUUGCCAAACCACUUGUGUCACGUGGAAGGCAUCCAGUGUGUGUGCAAAAAACAGCACAGGGUGACAUCCUGGAAUAUGUGAAUGGGAUGAAGCACUCCUUGCUCCCUGGAGACAGAGUGCUGGCACCCUGGGAGCCAGAUAGGGCCAGGUAUGGCCCAGGAACUGUCCUCAGAGGCAUUGAGACAAGGGAUCCCUUACGAGCCUCAGAAGAUGAAGAAGUUACAGUCCAGUUCUGAAAUGACAAUCAAGUGAAAGUCCCCCGUGGUGUGGCUCUGUGGAUCCCUCCCAGCCUGUGGGAGAGGAUUGUGGAGAUGAUGCACAUGCCCUUCACCAGCAGGGUGAAGCCCAGACCAAGCCAGGACUCUGACUCUUGCAUUUUUCCCUGCAGUCCCAAGGCAGCCCUGAUUCCUGUUUGUGCUGUUAGCCUUGCCAAGCACUGCUUGCUCUGCUCUCCCUGCUGGCUACAUUCCCACCACCACUGUGCUGGUGGAAUCUGCUGCUCACCAGCCUGGGCAAGGUGCAUCUGCUGCAGCCAUCCCUGUGCUGCUGCCUGGUGGCCUCUUCCCUCCAGGUCUCUGGUCUUUCAGGACAAAGCUGAAGAGGCAGAGUGCAGCAGUGAGCUCUCUCCAGGCCUUCUAGAACUGAAAGGCACAAAACAAGGAGAAGCUGCAGCUGUGGCAAUGUCUUCUUCCUCUUCUGGUUCAGAGAGGGACCUGAAGCCAUCCCCCACUAAGGGUACUGUGGGGGACAGUGCUGUUAACACAGGCUCCAGCUGUCUUGAAAAGCCCAGGCCGAGGAAUUCUGCAAGACCUGAAGGGGAAUACUGGGAAAGAAGCCACCACAAGUCCCAUUCCAGUAAUUCAGGACCUGGAAGGUGUACAAAGGGCCAGCUGGAAUCCAAAGCCAUCUCCACUGGGUACGUGUCCAGUGUGGCCCCAGCUCAUCAGAGUGCAAUGUUUGAAACCACUGAGCAGACUCUCAGAGGGCAACUCACACUGAAAACAAUCCUAAGAGACCAAGAUUUCAAGCCAUCAUUGAGGGAAGGCUUUGCAGCAUCAGAACAAAGAUACAAAGCAGCAUCUGAUGAUAAAUGUGAAGCCACUUGUGUUGGAGAUGACAAACCUGAUGUUACAGACCCUGUCAGAGCUCACUUGCAGCAAAGCAGAGAGAGACAUGAUCAACCAGAAUUCAGUACAUGUACAACUGAUCAAGUUCAGGGGCUGAAAUUUCAGAGAUGACUGAAGCAAUACCUUCUUGGCUGAUGCUUAAAUGUCAUGGAAGUCAUCCAUUGCUUGUUCCAAUUUUAAUAUUCUUAACAAGGCACAAGAUAGACCCAAAGAAUAAUUUAGGUUGGAAGACACCCGUAGCAUCAUAGAGUCCAACUGCAAACCUAGCACUGCCAAGUCACUGGUAAGGAUGAGCCCCACUACACUUUGUUUUGUCUUCUGUAAAACUCUGUUCUGCCCCAGUUGUUCUAGGAUCAACUGCUUACUGUGUAUGUAGUGUUUUGAAAUUAUAAAGGAGUUGCUUGAGAGCUAAUUGCUUGGUGUGCUGGAGUACUGUUUUCUCUAAUUUAAUUGCAGACUUGGGCUCUGUAUUAGCCCUGCAGGCAGUGAGCUCCCUGCUGAGUUGGGAUAACAGAUCCCUAGCGGCACAAACUGAAUGGAAUCCUCAGAGUUCAGUGCAGGAGCUGGGCUGCAGGGCUGUGCUCACAGGGAGGGGCUGGCAGAGGGGUGGCUCCAGUCUGCCCCUGUCACCCAGCAGAGCAGGGACACCUGCCAGCCAGAGCACAGUGGAGCUGAGCACCUGCACACAAACCUCUCCAUUUCUGCUCAGCACACACAGAGCUGAGCCCAUGCUCCCUCCCAAAUCCAGUUUGGCCUGGUUUUGUCUGGGAUACAGCAAGUUUUCCUCCUAGCAGUUGGCAGAAUGCUGUGUUUUGGAGUUAGCAGAGUACAGUGUCGAUAACAAAGUGGUGUUUUGGUUAUUGCUGAGCAGUGCUCACCCUAAGCCAAGGGCUGCUCUCAUGCUCUGCCAGUGGGGAGCUGCACAAAAAGCUGGGAGGCAGCAGGGCUGUGACAGCUGAGCCAAGCUAGCCAAAGGGAAAUUCCAUACCAUAGAAUGUCAUGUAUAUAAACAGGGAGAGUUGUCUGACUGCUGCCUGGGCACUGGUCAGUGAGUGGUGAUCAACUCUAUUGUGCACUACUUGUUUUUCCUGGGGUUUAUUUCCCUCUCCCUUUUUCAUCACAAUUAUUACUGUCAUUACCAUUGGUAUUAUCAUAUUUUACUUUGUUUCAAUGAAUAAACUGUUCUUAUUUCAACCCACGAGUUUUGUUUUCUCCAGAGUCUCCUCCCCAUCCUGCCAGGGGAGGGGAGCAGGGAGGGAGUGAGCUGUAUUGUACUUAGUUGCUGGUGGAAUCAAAUCACAACAGCAACACUAAAUUCAAAACAAACACAGGACACAAAGCAUCUCUGCACUCGAGAUUCCAACUCUCCCUUAUUUCCAGCGCCCAGAACAGGGUAUCUAUCAGCCAGCAGGAGUGGCUCACGUUCCCCUGAUAACAACACCAGGUCACUAGGUCACAAGGCCGUUUCCCAGCAGAGAUACUUUGGAGCACUGGAAACAUUCCAUACCUUGUGACACAAUGUAUUUUGUGAUGCCACCUGACAUUACUGUCUCUCUAACCAUACCAAGAAAUGGAGAAACCUUUUGCUAAAAUCUGUACCAGGCUACUUAUACUGUCUAUAGAAAAUGCAGAUAGUGGUGUUUAUCAGCCAGGGUGGAAACAGGACAACACCGCUGAGCUGUGCCCUGCCAUGGUGCUCAAUGCCCCAAACCUCCUCAUCUCGGCCGGCACCCCGGGCUCCCUGCCGAGCCCCUGCCAUGCCACGAGCAAACCUGAAGCCCGAUUUCUGCAGUACAGGCAGCAAGGCCUCCGGCAGGCACAUCCCGAGCGUUCUCCUUUGGGCGGCUCCGGGGCUGGC